AUGUCAAAUCAAUCAAAAAAAGCAAACUUAUUUGAUCGUUCCGAGAAAGACUCAAGCCCUCUUUCUCGAGUUGUCUUCUCAUUUCUACGUGCUGUUGAUCCAUAUCUACAAUACCUCUUGCUUUUCCAAGGAUAUGGUCCACAGAUCCUCUCCAAAGCCGGUAUUGUUGCCGUACCAGCUGGACCUACAGGCACAGCGCUGGUCGCUAUGGCAGCCGGUUGUGCCGUGAAGCAGAUUAUUAACAUGACCUUCAUUUUGGAAGCAAAAAUACCUUAUUCUGGUGUUAUACUCAUAUGUAUUUAUAAUACAGUGCUCAACUCUGCUGCUUCAUUAUCGUCUUUUAUCUAUGGUCCAUCAGAUCAAUUAGGUACUUUACAAUAUGUUGGUAUUUCUAUGUUUACAGUAGGCAUUUUCACUGAACUGAUUUCGGAAAUUCAACGUAAACAAUUCAAAGAUAAACCAGAAAAUAAAGGCAAAGUCUUCACAGGUGGCUUAUUUUCCCUUGCGCGCCAUAUUAAUUAUGGUGGUUACACACUAUGGCGCACGGGAUUUGCUCUAACAAGUGGAAAUUACUGGUUAGCAGCCUUACAAUUUACUUGGCAUAUGUUAGAUUUUACGAAACGAGCUGUGCCUGAAUUAGGGGAUUAUUGUAGGAACAGAUAUGGCGAAGACUGGAAGAAGUAUGAACGUGAUGUUCCAAAUAUUUUGUUUCCUUAUGUUUGGUAA